AUAGAGACGCCCGCGAUUUAUGGUCAGCGUUGCGUUACCAUACCAACGAUUGUAUACCUUCUCAGCUGGCUUCAACACGCACAGAAACAUUUACGAAGUUUCCCAGUUUUGAAGUUCUCAGAUUGUCGCUAAAGUGUAAUCACCUUCCAUCRCCAUGGGUCGCCUUCCUUAUGGUCCUGGMAAUGCUCAURUCCUUCAAAGCAAGGGUGCUGAUGUAGGUGUGAUGAAGUUCUACUGUACYGAGUACUCGUCCCACUAUGGYCAUGAAGGUUUUAACCCAAGGACGGGUAAACAUGUGGGCACUGGUUAUCAGUCWAACUUCAGACCAGGAGUUUAUUAUAGCAGAAAACUAGAUGAAUUGGACAACCCAGCCAUGGGGCGAAUUGUUAGUGACAAUUAUGCUUCAAUUACCACAAAGCAUUUCCGACCAUCAAAGGGGUCAUCUGGUGUUGAUCCAUUUUCUCGAGGGCUACACAUGACAGCCACUAGUGGSUUUGUCAAGGAUAUACCUGGCACUCUACCAAAGUAUGGACAGGUUUCUGGUGUUCAUGUYGAUACAAGAGCAUCUGGUACAGUUUAUCCCUACCAUCGUCCAAUGCUGCAUACCUUAAAACAAAAGGACCCCAUUGCAAGAGAGAAUGCACUUCAUGGUCCACUCUACAUGUCAACUGAAGCCAAAGCAAAUUUUCUUGGUUUGCCAAGUAAAAGAAUGGAUACUUCAUGUAGGACWGUAGGAUACAAGGAAGGCUCUGGUUUUACCCACGCUCACAAUGAUGAACCCAUAACAUUCAACCCAAUGGAAGCAUAUGAUGGUCUAAGAGAUCCUCGAUUUACAUACAGACCUACAGGAUUCAGUGUUAUGAAAGGAUCCUUCAGGCCUGUUGAAUAUCAACAUGGUAACGAGGCGUUCCCAAUUUUGUCUCAYGGAUCAGAUCACAAUACUGGAUUUACACACAGUACCAAAGUCAAGCCUGURUUCUACAGGAAGUUAAAUGAGGCCUACACGAAACAAGAUGACCUGCACCCUGAGGUUCAAAAACGAAUUCAGAAGAAAGAUCCAUGCGAAUAUUCUAACAUGACCAAGCCAUACACUUAYUCCAGUACUACGAAGCUAGCGUUCCGUGGYAAACAGACUGGUGAUCCUUCUGAGGCACAAAAACUCGGAAACACAACUGUUGGCAGCAAGGAGUUGACAGGAUACAGYGAAAACAACGACAAGUUCUUUGAAACUAACGAAACAGAGCAGUCGUUGAGACGAUUUAAUACCCAUUACGAUGCCAAGUUCUACGACAUGAAUCCAAUCGGUCUUGCACGUAUGGGACACACCCGUGGUAACCUGCAGACCCAGUUACCUGAUGGCUUCACGAAAAGUACCAGYGUUCAUAAAUUUGGUCCAGACAUUAAAAGUACCAUACAACUGCGAGAACAGAAGCCUUACCAGUCGAGGAGYAUCAAGGCACGUGACCCAUACUUUGAUGAUCACCUUCACGACAGCAAGCUAAACACCAUGCAGACCCUAACAGCCUAACCGCAGCUAUCAAUCUGACACAAGAACUCACUACCUCGAAACCAAAGAACGAUUUUUCAGUCAGCACUUAAGCGGUGAACAAGUCACGAGAAAUUUCUUUUGAAAUUAAAUCCAAUUUUUAGCGGCCAGUCAAUGUAAAAGCCCUCAGUCAUUCCAUCUAAUCUUUCACUGGAAAACAGUGAACUAAUUUGAAAUCARAAUUUAUGUAAGAAACUGUUGAAUGGUAUACGAUUAAUGAAUAAUAAGUAUGAAUCGCUUUUAG